AUGGCCGGCGACGACAUAGCCAGUCAUUACGAGGUGCUUGAGGAGCUUGGCCGUGGAAGUUUUGGCGUCGUCUACAAAGGCAUUGAGCGAGCCACGGGAGAGACAGUGGCCAUCAAGCACAUCGACCUCGAGUCCAGCGAGGAUGACAUCCAGGAGAUCCAACAGGAGAUCUCGGUGCUUAGCACUUGUGCAAGCCCCUUCGUUACCCAGUACAAGGCAAGCUUCCUGAGGGGCCACAAGCUAUGGAUUGUCAUGGAGUAUCUGGGUGGUGGUUCCUGUCUAGAUUUGCUCAAACCGGGCAACUUCUCAGAGGCUCUGAUUGCCAUCAUCUGCCGGGAGCUGCUGCUGGGGCUGGAAUACCUCCAUGCCGAGGGCAAGAUCCAUCGCGACAUCAAGGCUGCCAAUGUGCUGCUCGCCGAGUCGGGCAAGGUCAAGCUCGCAGACUUUGGUGUUGCCGCCCAGCUCACAAACAUAAAAUCCCAACGCAACACCUUCGUCGGGACUCCUUUCUGGAUGGCGCCGGAGGUCAUCCAGCAGGCUGGCUACGACUUCAAGGCAGACAUCUGGUCCUUGGCCAUCACAGCAAUGGAAAUGGCCAAUGGCGAGCCACCUCUUGCCAACAUCCACCCCAUGAAGGUCCUGUUCCACAUUCCAAAGAACACUCCGCCACGGCUCGAGGGCAAUUUCAGCAAAUACUUCAAGGACUUCAUUGCACGAUGUCUGAUCAAAGAGCCCGAGCAACGACCGACCGCCAAGGAAUUGCUCAGGCACAAGUUCAUCUCGGGGGCUGGCAAAGUGGAAGCACUGCACGAACUGGUGGAACGCAAGCGAAUCUACGAUGCCAACCAGACCAGGAAGAUGCACCCGGUCUACUACCAGGAGACCCUCCAGAGCCUGUCCACCAAUGACAACACCGAAGAAUGGACAUUCGACACUGUCAGGUCCGUUGCCCACCCGCCACCACCAACACCGCCACCAAAGAAGGCCAAUUCAAGGAACCGGGACUCGGCAAUUUUCUCCGCGGACGAGGCGAUGCGGAAGCUGGAUGUCAACGACGGCCCUCUUCAGAUGACUUCCCCAGCACCAAGUACCGUCCGGAGAGGCACAGUCCGGCACCACGCCACCGGACGCCGGCGACCAGACUCGGUCUUCCACGUCGACUCUGACGGCUCGCCGCGAUCCUCCGUCGCAGGCAGACGACCUCUCCAACCCGACAUGUCGUUCGGCAACACGGGGUCGACCCAGCGCCUGUUCCGCCGCGUAGCCUCAGACGACUCUGACUCGAGCCAUCCUAGCGCGUCGUCUCGGUCGGACGGCUCGAACGCCGAGAACCGCGACCCAGAGUCCAAGGCGAGCCGCGACCUCUCCAGCAAGGAGGCCAUCCUGGGCCACCGGCUCUACACCAAGGCCACGGAGCCCGCGCUGGCCGAGCUGCACGCCCAGACCUCGGCGCUCCAGAAACGCGAGGCCCUCGCCAAGCUGUCCGAGGCGCUCGCGCUGCUCGACGCGGUCGACCCGGAGGGGAGCUACCACCUGAUGCAGGGCGUGGUCUCCGCCGUCGCCCACGACAAGAAGCUGGGCCAGGCCUUCCUCAAGGGUAGUGGCGACAUCGGCAGCCCGGCGGCCGACCCCAAGGUUGCGCCCGAGGGCUACACCCACGGGACGGUCAUCAACAUGAACAAGCGCGACCAGGCGUCCGCGCCCGGCAGCCCCGCCAAGGUGCUCUUCAGCGCCGCCAACGGUAACGGACAGGCCGGCCGGACCAACCGCAAGCGGCGCGGCAGCGCGGCGCCCUCCAACUCCUCCGAGCCCCCCUCCACCCCGGCCAAGGGCGCAGGCGGCGACAGGCACCCCGACGAGAAGCAGCAGCUUGGCGACCUGGAGAAGGCGGCGCUCGAGGCCCGCUUCCCCGGCAGGGAGGCGCAGCCCGGCAUGGAGCACUGCAGGCAGCUGUCGGAGCUGCUGUACGGCCGCUGGGUGCGGAACCUGCAGGGCCGGUGGCCCGGCAUCGCCGCUGAGCCAUGA